AUGUUAAAUCAAGCGAGAAUACCAAAGUUCAUUAUAUUCCCCCACCAUCCCGUAAAGAAAGACUCGGCGACCACACCCAUACGUAUUGUAUACGACUGCAGCUGCAAGUCAACACGAGAUUCCCCCACCUUAAAUGAGUGCUUGAUGAAUACCCCACCCAUCCUUAACGACCUAACAGCUAUAUUACUACGCUUCCGAUACCACGAAUUUGCAGUAUCCACAGAUAUCGAGAAGGCGUUUUUGAACAUCGGUCUACAUCCAGACGACCGUGACGUCACUAGGUUCUUUUGGUUAUCAGAUCCGAACAACCCAGACAGUCCACUACAGAUAUAUCGCUUCAAGUCAGUGCUCUUUGGAGCUACGUGCUCGCCGUUUAUAUUAAACGCUACAAUAACAAAACACCUUGCCUUACACAGAUGCGACGAUACAGAACGUAUUCAACAAGGAUUAUACGUCGAUAACAUACUUACCAGCGUACCAGACGAGUCUACACUGCUAGAUUUCUACACUAACAGCAGACAACUGUUCCAGAAAGCAUCCUUUAAUUUGAGAUCAUGGAGCUCAAACAACCCAGCUCUGCGUGAGAAAAUCAAAUCCGAUGGUGUGAGCGAUAAGGACAGAAAUACAAAGGUACUGGGCAUGCGCUGGGAUUCUUCAACAGACGAACUAUCAUUUCCACAAAGACUAAAGGGCAGCGUCGAAUAUCUGUGUUCUGACGAAACGUGUGAUCCUUCAAGAAUUUUCCCUCCAUUUAUGAUCCACUUGGAUUACUUAGCCCGAUCACCGUGA